UAGUCCCUCCCCUAUGCUCAGUCCAGUGCCAGUCUCCGAGAGACGGCAGGCCCGGGUCCGGACGAGAGGUUUCUGCUCAAGGCCAGGGGCUCAGUCCUUAGGGUAGCGAGGAGCCCACCGCAGGAUCGGCUGGGACACCAUCAGAGUUUGAAUUAUUUCUAUUAUGUAUUAGCUGUUUUAUAAAGGUAAAGCGUGAAAAAACAAAACCAUUAUGUCUGAUGAAGUUUUUAGUACAACUUUGGCUUAUACAAAGAGUCCAAAAGUCACCAAAAGGACUACUUUCCAGGAUGAGCUAAUAAAAGCAAUUACAGCUCGCUCAGCCAGGCAAAGAAGUUCUGAAUACUCAGAUGACUUUGACAGUGAUGAGAUUGUUUCCUUGGGUGAUUUUUCUGACACCUCAGUAGAUGAAAAUUCAGAUAAGAAAAAAAUGAAUGAUUUCCAUUUAUCAGAUGAUGAAGAAAAGAAGUCUCCAAAACGGUCUUUUUUGAAAACCAAGAAAUCAGACAGUGACAUAAUGAAAGAUGAGCCAGUGUUCUCCACCAAAAAUGAGGAAGAAAUGGCACCUGGUGGUUGUGGAGACAUGGUUGGAACUGCCUUAUCUGAAUCUCAAAAUAAAGACCAGGAAAUUGAAAAAGACAAAAUUAAAAUGAAACCUAAACCCAGAACUCUUCCAGUCAAAAGCACAUCUUCAGAAAACAGCAGCAGCCUUGAAGCAGACAAUCACUUUAAGCCUUCACCUCGGCCGCGGAGCAUGUUGAAGAGACACAACCAUAAGGAGGAGAAAGAGGGGCUAGGAGAAGAUAAGACAACUGCUCUUCGUGAAGAAUUGGAGGCACGUUCUGCACCUUCCCCCCUUCCAAAGCUAAGUGACCGACAACUAGAAGCUGAGAAAAAAUCGUUCUCUGAAAACCUCGAUCCUGAGGAUCCAUGGGUAACAAGCCUAUCAUCAUUACCCCUUAAAGAAAGUCAUGGAGAUUCCUUUUCACCAGGAUCUGGAGAAAAAGCAUCCAUAAAAGAUCAGAAUGAAGAACUCCUUGAAAACCACAUGAAAUCAAAUGAAAAUGAAGAGAAUUCAUUUUUGAUAGACUUUGUUACUCCUCCAAUUGAGAAAUCCCAGGAAAGUCAAGUGAUUAGUGAUGACCUUGAAGAAGAAAAGGAGAAAGCUGAACUGAUUAUGAGUGACUUAACAGUUGAUGCACCACUGUUGAAAUCUCAGAGUAUCUUACUAUCUACUGAUGCAACUGAGUCUUCAAAGAAAACCAUUGAAGAUAGAAAUAUGAAGACUAAAAAGUCAACAAAUAAUAGAGCAUCCAGUGCAGCUGGCAGAUUAAUGACCUCUGAAUUUUUAAAGAAAUCUAGUUCUAUGAGGAGACCUCUGUCGACAACUACCUCUUCUCACUAUUUAGGGACUUUGAAAGUCUUGGACCAAAAGCCCUCCCAGAAACAGAACACAGAACCCGAAAGAGCAGACAGCAUAAGGGCAGCUGUUUAUCAGGAGUGGUUAGAAAAGAAAAAUGUGUAUUUACAUGAAAUGCACAGAAUUAAAAGGAUUGAAAGUGAAAACUUAAGGAUCCAAAAUGAACAGAAAAAAGCUGCUAAGAGAGAAGAAGCAUUAGCAUCCUUUGAGGCCUGGAAGGCUAUGAAAGAAAAGGAAGCAAAGAAAAUAGCUGCCCAAAAAAGGCUUGAGGAAAAAAACAAGAAGAAAACGGAGGAAGAAAAUGCCGUGAGAAAGGGAGAAGCUUUGCAGGCCUUUGAACGAUGGAAAGAGAAAAAGAUGGAAUAUCUUAGAGAGAAAAAUAAAAAGGAAAGAGAAUACGAAAGAGCAAAGAAGCAGAAAGAGGAGGAAACGAUUGCUGAGAAAAGGAAAGAUAACCUGACAGCCGUUGAGAAAUGGAAUGAAAAGAAGGAUGCUUUUUUCAAAGAAAAGGAGAAAGAGAAAAUAAAUGAGAAAAGAAGAGAAGAACUGAAAAGAGCAGAGAAAAAAGAUAAAGAUAAGCAAGCUAUUGAUGAAUAUGAAAAAUGGCUGGAAAAGAAAGAAAGGCAGGAAAGAAUUGAACGAAAACAAAAGAAGCGUCAUUCCUUUCUUGAAAACGAGGCACUUCCUCCCUGGAGCCCUCCAAGCAGAACUGUGUUCUCAAAAGUGUUUUGAUAAUUCUCAUUUUUACAUUAUUUAGUUCUUUAUCAAUUCACCAUUUUAGCCACUAUUUAUUCAAUUAGUUAUAAUUAGAAGAGUCUAUUUUAAUUAAUGCCAGCCAUUUCCACUGACAAUGGAAAAGAUGCUUUGGAGUUUAAUCCGUGAAAUCAUUGAAAGCAUUUUGUGGACUGUAGGUAAACUGCCUCAGAUGAGAAGCUAAUCAUCAGAUUGCUCUUCGAAUGGCCCUUUAUCAUGUCCUGACAGUCCUUACCAUCAGAUGAUCCAUGGUCGCUUUCUCUAAGCCGUGCAUGGUAUCUAAGUGUGUCUAUUCCCCAGCAUGAAAAGGAAACCAUCUAGGUACUAUAAUCACAGAAAUAAUUGAAUUGCUGAAUGAUUGUGCACCUAGAUUAAGGUUUUAAGAGGAAUCGUCACUGGGGGUAUGCAUAUAUAUAUAUUUGUUUGUUUGUUUUGUUUUGUUUUUUUCUAAAACUGACCUAUAGCUGGAGCCGUUGCACCUGCACUGUGCAGGUUAGAGCUCAGUGAGGUGAGGCAGUAGUGCAGUAGACCUCGAAUCAUCGAGGCAUUUUAUUUUAAAAGUUUGUCUUAUGUUUUAAUAUGAGUUAUAGCUGUCCCAGACUUAAUGUAACAAUCAUAGGCACUUUAUAAUGAGUAGACCUCUGAAAUUUGUCUUCUAAAUUCUGUGUCACUUUAUUAUUUCAGUGGUACCAAAAAAAUAAUCCAUUUCUUGGUAGUGAUAUACUCACGCAAUAAUUAUGAAAAUUCCACGAGAAUUCAAGGCAUUAUCACCGUUAAUAAUUUUUUCCAAACUAAAGCCAUAAAGGUGAUAAAGGCAAUUUUUGGUCUCUUAGCUUAUUCCAGAGUCUUACAGCUUAUAUUUAGUAGAUAGCUGUAUAGGAAGGCAAUUGUAGAAAACGCCCAAAGAAUCUUUAUUUAUUUGAUCACUGCAUAUCUUUAUAUUAAUUGGACUCAUACUUGAACUGGUCAGCUAGUUUAUCACAGACUAAGUGUAUGCGCUCAGAGCUGAAAUAUUGCUUUAGUCAGUGAAGCAAUGCAAUGAUGGAUGAGAAUAAAUAAUUACUAUUUAUUAAGCACCUAAUGUAUGCUCUCUGCUAGACCUUUACAAAUGUUAAUUCUUAUCUUUAAAACAACUAUUCAGUGCAGGUGUUAUUUUGCAGAUAAAAAAUACUGAGACUUGGAGAAAUAACUUGCCAUACAUUUAGCAUGUGACUGAGUCGGGAUUAGAAUUAAGUCUUUUCCCCUCUAGAAGCAAUAUGCUCAUUUUUAUGCUCUGUAUUGUAUCCACUUUACAAACACAUUUUACCUCUCAGAUCCUAAAAUCAUGUGUUGUUAUCUGGAGAGUGUCUUUCCUUUAAGAAAUAUCUGUUUGUUAUUAGAGGUGGUGAACUUUAUUAGAUCUAUACAAUAAAAGAAGAUUCCAUAAUAUUUAAAGAUUUAGUCAAAUGCCUUCUAUCUAGUAUUAGAAUGUCAGGAAAGCCAGCAGGCCAUGGAACAUAGGCUUUGAGAGAGUCACUCAGGAGGUUUCGCUCGGACAAUUAACCUCGCUGUGGUGCGUGUGCAAGGUAAGAAAGACGUUGUGGAUCACUUUCUAAGAUCACAUCAGUCCUCUUAGAAAGUUUUAAAUUUGUUUUAAAAUCUGUUUUAAAAUUAUAAAUAAAACUAGAAGACUUUUUAUACUGCCAGGAACUAGGACAUACUUCAUGAAAUUGGAACUGUUAUCAUCAAUGUGUAUUAUCAACAUGGGAUUUAGCUCCUCUGUUUUUCACCAAAUAUGUAUAUAGUGCCUACCAGAAUGAAUCGUUGUUUAUGGUAUCGAAUUAGCUAUUCAGAGCUAAAAAGGUAUUUGCAAAUUCCAGGGAAGUAAAAGGAAAAAAGAUCAGGGAUAUGAGAUCAUAAAUGUAUGUGUCCUAAAUUUCACAUUAAAUAUUGACUUAAACUUCCCAA